UUCCAGGUAACAUCCCCACAUCGGCUUAAGUAACAACUGCUGCACUCAAAGCCGUUUAGAGGCAAGACACGACACUACCUUCACCAACCGCCAACGUCUCCAUCACUUGCCUUUUUGGUGAAGAAUGUCUUAUGAGGAUUACCAGUACAAUGAGACAUUGACUCAAGAAGACUGCUGGACAGUGAUUUCCUCCUAUUUUGAGGAGAAUUCACUUGCUCGGCAGCAGCUUUCUUCUUUCGAUGAAUUUGUACAAAAUACAAUGCAGGAAAUCGUCGAUGACGAUUCAACGUUGACAUUGGAUCAAUAUGCCCAACAUACUGGUGCCCAAGGCGAUUAUACACGUCGAUAUGAAAUUAAUUUUGGACAAAUUUAUUUGUCGCGUCCUACGAUGACGGAGGCAGAUGGCAGUACUACUACUAUGUUUCCUCAAGAAGCAAGACUUCGUAACUUGACGUAUUCUUCACCGCUUUAUGUUGAUAUGCGCAAAAAAGUGAUGCGUGCACAGGACUCCAAUGUGCCAAUCGGUGAAGAAAUUUGGUUGACGGAGGAAGAGGACGAUGAACCUUCGAAGGUUUUCAUUGGAAAAAUCCCAAUUAUGCUUCGUUCGACAUUCUGUAUCUUAAAUGGCGUUAGUGAUUCCGAGCUUUACGAUCUAAACGAGUGUCCAUAUGACCAAGGUGGUUAUUUCAUUAUCAACGGUUCGGAAAAGGUUAUUAUUGCUCAGGAACGUUCAGCAGCAAAUAUUGUUCAAGUUUUUCGGAAAGCUGCUCCUAGCCCUAUUGCAUAUGUGGCCGAAAUUCGGUCUGCUUUGGAACGUGGCAGUCGUCUUAUUUCUUCAAUGCAGAUUAAACUUAUGGCACGCAGUACAGAAAAUUCGGGUCAAACAAUUAAAGCCACUCUCCCUUAUAUUCGGAGCGACAUUCCUAUUGUCGUUGUUUUCCGUGCACUUGGCGUUGUUCCUGAUCGUGAUAUUCUCGAACACAUUUGCUAUGAUCCCAACGACUUACAAAUGCUCGAAAUGAUGAAACCGUGUAUUGAAGAGGCUUUCGUUAUCCAAGACAAAGAUGUAGCCCUUGAUUACAUCGGUAAACGUGGUAGUACUACUGGUGUCACUCGUGAAAAGCGUCUUCGGUAUGCUCAUGACAUUUUGCAAAAGGAAAUGCUUCCUCACAUCACUACUUUAGAAGGUUUUGAGACGAGAAAAGCCUUCUUUUUGGGUUACAUGGUUCAUCGCAUGCUUCUGUGUGCUCUUGAGCGUCGUGAGCCUGAUGAUCGAGACCAUUUUGGUAAGAAGCGUUUGGAUCUUGCUGGUCCUCUUUUAGCAUCGCUAUUCCGAAUGCUCUUUAAAAAAAUGACUCGUGAUGUCUACAAAUAUAUGCAAAAAUGUGUCGAAACUAACAGAGAAUUCAAUCUUACUUUGGCUGUUAAGUCGAACACGAUUACUAAUGGUCUUCGUUACUCCCUUGCUACGGGUAAUUGGGGUGACCAAAAGCGUGGUCUUGCGAACCGUGUAGGUGUAUCACAGGUGCUUAAUCGCUAUACAUUUGCAUCAACUCUUUCCCAUUUGCGUCGUACAAACACCCCUAUUGGAAGAGAUGGUAAACUUGCUAAACCUCGUCAAUUGCACAACACGCAUUGGGGAAUGGUGUGUCCUGCUGAAACUCCUGAAGGUCAAGCUUGUGGCCUUGUCAAGAACCUUUCGCUUAUGAGUUACGUUUCUGUUGGUUCGCCCAGCGCUCCAAUUAUCGAGUUUCUUGAGGAAUGGGGUAUGGAGAGUUUGGAAGAUUAUAAUCCUUCUGCCUCACCCAAUGCUACUAAAGUCUUUGUUAAUGGUAUUUGGCUCGGCGUACAUCGGGAUCCCGUUCACCUUACCGAAACUCUCCGAAGCCUUCGUCGUCGUCUCGACAUUUCAGCUGAGGUUAGUAUUGUUCGUGACAUCCGUGAAAAAGAGUUGCGUCUUUUCACAGACGCUGGUCGUAUUUGUCGACCUUUGUUCAUUGUUGAUAAUGACUCAAAUAGUGACACGAAGGGUGAAUUGUGUAUCCGUAAAGAGCAUAUUCAACAACUUCUUGAGGAUAGAGAUCGUUUCGACAUCAAUGCCGAGCAAAGAUUUGGCUGGUCUAGCUUGAUUGCCAGUGGACUGAUUGAGUAUCUUGACGCCGAAGAAGAAGAAACCGUAAUGAUUGCCAUGAGUCCAGACGAUUUGGAGCUCUCUCGGCAAGCAAAUGCUGGUUACGAAAUGCAAGAAGAAUUAGAUCCUGCUAAAAGAGUUAAGCCAGCACCAAACCCUCAUGUUCACGCUUGGACUCAUUGCGAAAUUCAUCCAGCCAUGAUUCUUGGUAUCCUCGCAAGUAUUAUUCCUUUCCCCGAUCAUAACCAAUCCCCACGUAACACCUAUCAGUCUGCUAUGGGUAAGCAAGCUAUGGGUAUUUACCUUACCAACUACCAAGUUCGCAUGGAUACCAUGGCCAACAUUCUAUACUAUCCUCAAAAACCAUUAGCAACAACUCGUUCCAUGGAGUAUUUGAAGUUCCGUGAAUUACCUGCCGGUCAAAAUGCUAUUGUCGCAAUUUUGUGCUACAGUGGUUAUAAUCAGGAAGAUUCCAUUAUUAUGAAUCAAAGCAGUAUUGAUCGGGGUCUUUUUCGAAGUAUCUUCUAUCGUACUUAUAUGGAUCAAGAAAAGAAAAUUGGUAUGACUGUCAUGGAAGAGUUCGAAAGACCUACUCGCUCUACCACUUUGCGUAUGAAACACGGUACCUACGAUAAGUUGGAGGAUGAUGGCCUUAUUGCUCCCGGUACUCGUGUUUCUGGUGAUGACAUUAUUAUCGGUAAAACUGCACCUGUGCCCCCUGAUCAUGAAGAACUGGGUCAGAGAACUCAACUUCAUGCUAAGCGGGACGUAUCGACACCUCUUAGAAGUACUGAAAGCGGUAUCGUUGAUCAGGUAAUGGUUACUACCAACCAAGAAGGUCUCAAGUUCGUUAAAGUUCGAAUGAGAAGUACCAGAAUCCCUCAAAUUGGUGACAAGUUCGCUUCUCGUCACGGUCAAAAAGGUACUAUCGGUAUGACUUAUCGUCAUGAAGACAUGCCGUUCUCGGCACAGGGUAUUGUCCCUGAUAUUAUUAUUAAUCCUCACGCUAUUCCUUCACGUAUGACAGUUGCACAUCUUGUAGAGUGUCAACUGAGUAAGGUUUCUGCACUUUCAGGACUUGAAGGUGAUGCAACUCCGUUUACUGAGGUUACUGUUGAAGCUGUUUCAAAAUUGUUACGCUCUCACGGUUUUCACUCUCGUGGAUUUGAAGUUAUGUAUCACGGUCAUACCGGUAGAAAGCUCGUGGCCCAAGUGUUCCUUGGUCCUACUUACUAUCAACGUCUUAAGCAUUUAGUCGAUGAUAAAAUUCAUGCUCGUGCGCGUGGUCCUGUCCAGAUUCUUACACGUCAACCCGUCGAGGGUCGUUCCCGUGAUGGUGGUCUGCGUUUCGGUGAAAUGGAACGUGAUUGUCAGAUUUCCCAUGGUUGCAGCAGUGUACUACGUGAGCGUCUGUUCGAUUGCUCGGAUGCAUACCGAGUAAUCGUCUGUGAUCUUUGUGGUUUGAUUGCUAUUGCCAGUUUCAAAAAGAACUCUUAUGAAUGCCGUUCUUGCCAAAAUCGGACACGCUUUAGCCAGAUCUAUCUUCCUUACGCAGCAAAAUUGCUAUUCCAGGAGUUAAUGUCUAUGAACAUUGCACCGCGUUUGUUCACCAAAAGUCAUCAUUAAUGUGUUUCUUUUCUAUCUUCAGUGGUUAGAUGUUAGUUCUAACCGUUAAAAUGUACCCUAGGAUAAUAUCAUACGUUUUAUUUUUGUAAUAGAGCACCCAUAUAAUUGUUUAAACAAGUUAUACCUCAGAAUGUAAAGUACAGACAAACCCCUCAAUGAAACAUUUAGCCUGUUU